AGUCGCAGUGACUCAAAAUAGGAUACUAUACUCAUAACUGCCAUUACUAAAUGGAAAAGCAAAGCACACCGUGGUCAACAUGAUUUGAGCGUCUUGGAUUCCUCGUCGCCCACCCCGACCAUCUUGUCAUGGCUCAGAUACAACCUUCACUGGAGGAGGUUACCUCCAUCCUAGCAAAAGCAAACUCCUCGUCCUCGAACUUCCCUCCAAACCUGGUGCCUCUGUGCGCCCAGAUUCCCGCCGAUCUUUUCACACCCACACAAGCAUACCUAAAAGUGUCCGAUGGUUCAAAACUAUCCUUCCUGUACGAGAGUGCCGCGACGACUGGGACCAUAGGAAGGUACAGUUUCGUUGGCGCAAAUCCACUAAAAGUUCUCAAGACCGGACCUGGCCAUGGACCGGAAGAAGACCCUCUGCCACGGCUUGAAAAAGAAUUGUCACAAUAUCGAGUAGCGAACGUGCCCUCUCUCAGACUACCACCUUUGACAGGGGGAGUCAUAGGAUAUAUCGGCUACGAUUGCGUACGAUAUUUCGAGCCCAAGACGGCUCGACCUAUGAAGGACGUGCUGAAGGUGCCGGAGAGCUUUUUCAUGCUGUAUGACACGAUCGUGGCGUUCGACCAUUUCUUCAACGUCUGCAAAGUCAUUACGUACCUACGAGUACCACCCUCGGGGUCAGAAUCUGACCUAUCGGCUGCAUACGAGAAAGCGCGCAACAUCCUACAGAACACUGUCUCGACAUUACAAGCAGAACACAUUCCGUUGCCACAUCAGCCUCCGAUAACCCAGAACCAGCCGUCAAAGUCAAAUGCUGGGAAGGAAGGCUACGAAGCCUUUGUUAUCCGGCUGAAGAAGCAUAUCAACCGAGGAGACAUCAUACAAACGGUCCCUAGCCAUCGUAUAGCUCGACCAACGACACUACAUCCAUUCAACAUCUACCGCCAUCUGCGGACAGUGAAUCCAUCUCCAUACCUUUUCUAUAUUGACUGUGCGGAUUUCAGUAUCGUGGGCGCAUCACCGGAACUAUUGGUCAAAGAGGAGGCAGGUCGCAUCAUUACUCACCCUAUUGCGGGCACAAUCAAGAGGGGCCAGGAUCCAGAGGAGGACGAAAAGCUGGCCGAUGAGCUACGCAACAGCCUCAAGGACAGAGCGGAGCAUGUUAUGCUUGUGGACUUGGCAAGGAAUGAUGUCAACCGUGUCUGUGAUCCAUCGUCGACACGAGUAGAUAGGUUGAUGACCGUGGAAAGAUUUAGUCAUGUCCAGCACCUCGUCAGUCAGGUAUCGGGUGUUCUAAGGCCGGGCGAAAACAGGUUUACAGCAUUCAGAAGCAUUUUUCCGGCGGGAACUGUUUCAGGCGCACCCAAAGUGAAAGCUAUGGAACUUAUUGCUGAACUGGAAGGUGAAAAGAGAGGCGUCUACGCUGGCGCUGUGGGGUACUUUGGUUUCUCAAGGGUGUCUACAGACGGAUCCAGGAUCGAGGACGAAGGCGCCAUGGACACAUGUAUUGCACUACGGACAAUGGUCGUCAAGGAUGGCAUCGCCUACCUGCAAUCGGGCGGCGGUAUUGUCUUUGACAGCGUGGAGGAGGAAGAGUGGAUUGAGACCAUGAACAAAUCCCGUGCGAAUAUCAGAACUAUCGAGGAAGCCGAGAAGAAGUAUUUCGCGCUAGAGAAGACUGGCAAUAACCACGUCAACGGGGUUAGAUAGUGUCCAAUAAUGCACGACAAGUCCAAUGUCCAGAGAAAGUGGCACUGUCUGACCGCUGCUGCUCCUCAGGAUCAACUAGAUAUUGUUCCUUAUUGUCGAUCCGAAGUCCUUCGCAAAUAACGAUGUUGGAUUAGCCUUUGACAAGGGUAAGGUCAUCGCGUCUACCGUGUACUCCUUCCUAGUGGGUUGCUUUCGAGGCACCUGCUGUCGCAAAUCUGCUGGAACUCGGACUUAUAUUGUCGACGUACUCCCUGUGACACGGUGCCAACUUGCUGGAAACACGGUCGAUGAUUACUGAAGGUGCGUGAAGUUCAAAAGACAGAAUUGAUUGUUCAUCGAGGGAGAAAACAGAGUCUUUUGAACAAGUCUUAAACUAGCCCCCAGUAUAGACUAGCCCUGAUGCACUCUUGGCAAGCACCCGCACUUUUAGAAAAUUGAUCCGCCUC